AUGUCUUGCUACGCUGAAGCCCACGCCAACCCAAAUGGCCCUGGCGACGCGCGUCCGACGGCCCUGAAAAUCAUCGAGGACGAGGGUGUGAAGGGAAAGCUCGCGGGUAAGGUCAUUAUCAUCACCGGUACUUCUUCCGGCAUCGGUAUCGAGACCACUCGCGCCCUGUCCGCCACUGGCGCCACCCUCUUUCUCACAGCCCGAGACGUCGCCAAGGCUCAGUCCGCCCUCAUUGGUAUCUUCGAUCAAUCCCGCAUGGAGAUCAUCAAGAUGGACCAGGCAAGCCUCUCUUCUGUCCGGGAUGCCGCCGCCGCCAUUCUUGCCAAGACUACCAAGAUUCACCUCCUAGUGAACAACGCUGGCAUUAUGGCCAUCCCCGACCACCGCCUUACCGCCGAGGGCCACGAGCUCCAGUUCGGCACAAACCACCUAUCCCAUUUCCUCUUUUACAAGCUCUUGGAACCUGCGCUUCUUGCUGCAGCCUCCCCGAGUCUACCGUCACGCGUCGUCAAUCUCUCGUCUACUGCUCACAACGUCCAUGGAAUAAAUGACCCCGACAACUACGACUUCCAGAAAGGCGACUAUGAUGCCAGUGUGGCCUACGGACAAUCCAAAACGGCCAACAUUUACAUGGCUAACGAGAUCGAGCGCCGCUACGGGUCGAGUCACCUACACGCAACGAGCGUCCAUCCCGGUAUUGUCCAAACGGGGCUGACCCAGCACAUGCCCCCGGAUGCCUUCAAGGGGAUGGAGUACUUGUAUCCCACAAUGAAAAGUAUUGAACAGGGUGCCGCAACUUCAGUAUGGGCGGCUGUGGGCAAGGCAUGGAAACAUGAAGGUGGCAAGUACCUUGUCAACUGCGCCGUAGCAGAGCCGUAUGUUGAAGGAGAUAAUAAGUUUCUUGCGCUCGGAUAUGCGCCGUACGCCUAUGAUAUAGAAAAGGCAAAGAGGUUGUGGAGUCACUCGCUUAAGAUUGUGGGAUUGCCUGACGAGGCGUAG